CCCGCUUCCUUCUACAACAUUCAUGUCUGCUAUACAAACUUCCCAAAGCUCUGCAUUUCAAACCAAACGGUCUGUCUUCUACCCAUACCCGUUUUCAAAUCAGUGUGAGAGCUUCUCUUCUCCGUAUCCCCAUUUCUUCCCUCCAUUCAUCCAGAAACAGUCCCUCCAACUCUUCUUCUUCCCAGCUUGAGAAGAUGAAGGCAUUGACGGACAACAAGAAGGUGGUCAAUAGAGGGUCUCCUCCUCUCAAGAAAAGCAAAAUGUUGGUUAAGGCUAGAAGUGAAGUUGUUAAGAAGGAGUAUAUGUGUGUUGAUGAAAACUCCUUGGCUAUGAGGAGAGCCCAAGAACUUCAAGCGAAUCUUUCGCCCGAAUUUCCUAGUCUAGUGAAGUUCAUGCUCCAUUCUCAUACUACUGGUGGAUUUUGGUUGGGUCUGCCCAAAAAAUUCUGUGCUUCUCAUCUGCCAAACCACAAUGCUGCUAUUGUUUUGGUGGAUGAAAAUGGAGAGGAAAUGGAGACGAGGUACCUUGUGCAAAAGUGUGGACUUAGUGCAGGAUGGAGAGGCUUUUCCCUGGCACACAACUUGAUUGCUGGGGAUGUCGUAGUUUUUCAACUAAUCGAACCUUUCAAGAUGAAGGUAUACAUUGUUAGGGAAAAUGGCUUAACAGAUGUUGCUGGAGCCAUCAGUCUUCUAAAUUUAAGUCAUUCUGCACAGCCAAUUGCAAGUGAGGGUUUACUGCAGCAAAACGAAGACACUAAGGAGAACGUGAUGAGAAUUUGCGAUCCUGCAGACCAAGGUGAUGAUCAGCAGGGAGAAAUCUCUACCUCGGACCACUUCCUCGAAUCAAACUUGUCGGGCAAUGAUAUUGACAACAACAGCCCCCGGACAUCUUCAAAUGGUCUCAGAUUUGCAGAGGCUGUUGUCGAUUUUGCACAAGUGGAAGACUUCGAGGGCUUCAACAUCGUUGUCAACAACAUAGUUAUAGAUUCUGAGAUCCCCGAAGCUCAUAGGCUCAAGUACUACGAGCUCUGCUGCAGCCGCAAGGCAUACCUUCACGAGAGCCUUCUAGAUGGGCUGAACUAUAAGCUAAUUGCGGGGGCAAUAACAGAAACUGUGAACAUCGCGGAUGCCAUCCGAGCUGCCAGGCUCACGACGGGUUGUGAACUUUUGGAAGUAUGGGACGCGACUCUGAGAGGGAUUGAGCAGUUUGGCAUACAAGUGGGGUUCUUGCGCGAUAGGAUAAGCAAGCUCGUGAGGCUAUCGGGGGAUGUUGUUGCCUCGAAGAAGAAAGAAAAGGCGGUAGCUGAAGCGGAGAUGACGGAUCUCCGGGGCAAGAUGUGGAGGGUGAGAGAAGUGAUUGAUAAUUUGGAUACAGAGAUCCAGGCUUAUAGCAGCAAGGAGAGGGUAGAGGAGCUUUUCAAGGAUGCUGCAAAUGCUGCAUGGUGAAAAAAGCUUUCUCUGUGCUGCUUUAAAGGAUUGUACCUUUGUAGAUAUAGUAAAUUCUCUGGGCUCUCAUAUUGUUGGAGAUGCUCUAACAGCA